GUCCUCCAGCGUCCGGUCACCGAGAUUCCCCUGUCCGCGCCAUGGCCCUGAAGGCCGAGGGCGCAGCGCUCGACUGCUUCGAGGUGACGCUCAAAUGCGAGGAAGGGGAGGACGAGGAGGAAGCCAUGGUGGUGGCCGUAAUUCCGCGGCCCGAGCCGAUGCUCAGAGUGGCCCAGCAGGAGAAGACGCCACCACCCAGGCCCAGCCUGCUGGAGGCAGGCAGCGACAGCUGUGAGGAGCCCAGGCAGCAGGUGUCUUGGGAGCAGGAGUUCCUGGUGGGGAACAGCCCCCGAGGCAGCGGGCGCGCGCUGUGCAUGGUGUGUGGGGCGGAGAUCCGGGCUCCCUCGGCAGACACGGCACGCUCGCACAUCCUGGAGCAGCAUCCUCACACCCUGGACCUGAGCCCUUCUGAGAAGAGCAACAUCCUGGAGGCCUGGAGCGAGGGGGUGGCCCUUUUGCAAGACUUCAGAACCGAGCAGCCGUCCCCACCCCACUCAGACUCAGGACAUGAUGUUGAUGUGGACCCAGACUCUGAUGCCGACCCUGCCAAAAUGCCAGCGGAGAUUGUUGUUCUCCUGGACUCUGAGGACAACCCAUCCCUCCCUAGAAGGAGCCGGCCCCGGGGACUCCGCCCUCUUGAACUCCCUGCUGCCCCUGUCACGGAGCCAGUAACCAAGAAGCCCCGGGGUCAGAGAUGGAAGGAGCCCCCUGGGGACGAGCCAGUCAGAAAGAAAAGAGGCAGACCCGUGACCAAAACCCUGGACCUGGACCCGGACCCGGACCCAGACCCCCCCUCACCUGACUCGCCCGCAGAGACUUUCGCAGCUCCGCCCGAAGUCCGACACUUCACCGAUGGCAGCUUUCCCCCCGGCUUCGUCCUCCAGCUCUUCUCCCACACCCAGCUCAGGGCCUCAGACAGCAAGGACUUGUCCAAAGAGGGGAGAGGGGCAGAAGGAGGCCUCCUCCAGCCGGAAAGCCCCUCCCCAGACCAGGCCCUGCUCGCAGCAUCGCGGGCUCAGAAAGUGGUUCUUGAAGGAGUGAAUGCAUGAUGCAGAGAAUGCCUUGUUCCAGCCUGUCUGAAAUGUGCAUUUGGAGUUGGAGCCCCGAGAAAGAUGGUACACAGGGUGCUGGAGGCUCCCCAGAGCGGGGCUCUCAAAAGGAGGGUGUACUUUUUGCCAAAAGAAAAAAGCAUACAUGUCGCUUCAGCCCACAUCACUCAGUGGUGACCACUGUCAAAAAUUUGGCUUGUGUCCUUUGGAACUUUUAGGAAGCUAUGUGUGUGGGUAUGUGCACAUGUGCUUUCGUUGAUUGACUUUUUACCAAAAGGGGCUCCGCUUUUUCUAGUCCCGAGGCAGACCUCACCCCUGUUUGGUCUUAACUCUCAGGUUUCAGCUUGGGUCACGUUCCAGUCCUGCCUCCCCAGGACUGUGCUCGGCCUGGGCUUGAGCAUUUCCUGAGCCCCCUCACAUCGUCAGUGGACCCCUGCUCUAAAAGGCUGACCUCUUCCGUUGGCUAAUAGGUCUUCUGCUUUCAUUCUCAAAAGAGGGCCUUCAUUUCAAACCCUGGGGUAUCCUUUGCCCGAGCCCCAUCUGUCUGGAGUGACCGGUAGCUGAGAAGGGCGCCCUUGAGAUCUCGGUUCAUUUGGGAUGAGUGGGCAAAACCUGAGACUCUGGAGUCCAACAAGCUAAUUCGAGGCUGAAGAUGGUCUGGAAACCACAGGAGGUACUGAGUAACACAGCAGCAAGUGUUCCUGCAGCCCGGCCCCAUGGGAAGCGCUCCGGGGAAUGACAGGAGUGGGGCAGCCUUUGUCCCCAAGAAACUCAGUCUGCCUGGGAGUACAGGUCAGAGGCAGUGAAGCAGCAAAUAGGGUGCCCGCGAUGGCUCUGGGCAGAGCACAGGCUCCAGACUAGUGGUUUCAGACUGGGUUAAAGUUUGUUUGUUUGUUUAACUAAGUAUAGUUGAUUUAUAGUGUUGUGUUCAUUUCUGGUGUGUAGCAAAGUAGUUCAGUUUUAUGUAUGUAUGUAUAUGUCUUUUCUUUUGUAUUCUUUUCUGUUGUGGUUUGUUAUAGGAUAUUGAGUAUAGUUCCCUGUGCUACACAGUAGGACCUUGUUUAUCCGGAUUUAAGAUUUUAGAACCCAAAACGUGGACAGUUUUCUCAGAAACCUGUCAGGCUUUCACCAGAAUAUCUCUACUUUGAGUUGUCUUGUUUAUUGAAGUUCUCCAAAGCUUUUAUUUGAGUAAAGAUCCUACCACUUUUUUUAAGUUUUUUUUUCUAAGGGGGAAGGUAAUUAAGUUUAUUUAUUUUUUAGAAGAGGUACUGGGGAUUGAACCCAGGACCUCAUGCAUGCUAAGCAUGUGCUUUACCAUUUGAGCUAUCCCCUCCCCCCAAGAUCAUACCACUUUUAAAAAGAAGUUUAAAAAUCAAGGAUUUAGAAGUCACUGUGGUCAGGUCAGCUGAGCUGAUGGAUCUGAAAUUGUCACGGAAGACUUGCUGGACUUCACAAGGGCCUCACAGGAUCAGGGUGCAGAGGGGGCGAGCCCUGAGGGCCCCUCACCACGGGGGAAAAACCUUUGUCCUGCUGGUGUUUAAUCUGAGUAGGACCCGGAGGUUUGGUUUAGGAUACCUUGGUCAGACUCAAGUGUGUUCCCAGGCUGGACCAAGGAGAAAGAAGUGUGAGAUGAGUGAGUGAGUGUGAGAGAUUGUGUGUGUGUGUGUGUGUGUGCGCGCGCGCGCUUCACUAGAGGAAGGGUCUGUUCACUGCUGUAUCCUCAGCACCUAGAAUAGGGCCUGGCACAAUGAAAGCCCUCAGGAACGAUUUAUUGACAGACGAGUGGAUGGUAGCCACCUUUACUUGUCAUUCUGGUGGUGACAUUUCCAGCGUCUCUGCUCAGAGACAAGCGUUAGUGAGAAAUAAGGGAAGUGGGCUCUGGGGAGGGUGGGUGCACGUCCAUGCACAGGCACAGGUGUUGGGGAAGAGGAGGAGGGGGUGAUGCUGGGGCAGCAGAGGGGUUGGGCGGGGCCAGGAGGAAAGUGGGGGCAGCUUUAGGGUCGGGGUGCUAAGGGGACUCAGCUUGUCCCUGGGACUGAUAAGCCCUCCUCGGUUGCUUUUCAGUGGCCUGGGGCUCUGUUCAUGCACUGUUUCUGAAAGAAGUUCUCUCUACCACGUCUCAGGCCUCGCUCUCUUGACGCUCUCCUCCCCGCCACCCUCCCCUCUGCCCUCCCUGCUGCCAGGAAGAAUUGGCACUUAAUUCCAAUGUACUGAACUCUUCUAAUAUGUAAUUUCCUGAAAUCCACACAACCACCUUAUAAAGUAUUAUGAUGUCCAUU